CCACCCACUCCACCACACCACACCACACCGCACCGCACCCCACAACCUUCCACCCACCCACUAUCUCCCCCCUCCCCCUCCCCCUCCCUACGUACCCUCCCUCUACUCUCGACACCCGCCAUGUCUGGGCGCAAGACGUCGUCGUCGUACUUUGCCGAAAUCGACAAGUCCCUCCGAAAGAGAGCAGGCAGUUCACCGAGCUCAUCUGCUUCGUCAAGGUCAAGGGCGUCCGCAGUACACCGUUCUGGAAGGGGAAGCAGUGCUAGUGGCUGUUUUGGUCAUGGUUCUGGUCCUGCUUUGACGGCGGUGGCUGGCUCGUGGUCACACUCGCCGCUGCGCUCACAGGGCUUGCCUUCGCCUCACACCACUGCUCCUUCAGGCGCUCGUCGGCAAGACGCGGCUGAUGACGACUCGGUGCGGAGCUCGGGCUCACCGAGAUCUCGUUCGACUCAGUCUCCUCGUUCGCUGAGCACGAUGAAGGCAAGAGCAGGCGGGCGGGUCCAGUCGGGUCCGCCGUCGGGCCGGACGGGACAGGCACAGGCGGAGGGGCGUGUGCGGGCUUUGGAGGGCAAUGAGGCGAGCUCGCUGGAGGCAGCGCGGGACCUGGCGGUGGGCUCGGUGCGUGCAGGGUCCGAGCCGCGAUCACUGGGUGCAAGCCGUGGCUCGGGCGAUGACGCCAGCGACGUCGUCCUGGUUCCACACUCGUCGCUAGAGCGCGUGGUGGAGGAAGAGUUGCAUAGAGGCGUCGGCUCGGCAUCGUCUGGACGCGAGUCUCAGCGCAAGCGGCGGGUGCUGCGGCACUCGUUUGAUGCUCACGAGCCGAACAGCAGCACUUCGCCGACGCGGCCGACUGCGGUGGCGCUGUAUGACUUCAAGGGCCGCGAUGGGUCGCAGCUCUCGUUCAAGCGCGGCGACGUCCUCUUGCUUGUCUCCACCGUCUCGACGUGGUGGACUGCAGAACUCGAUGGUCGCCGCGGCAAGAUUCCCUUCAACUACGUCCGGGUCCGCGACGAGUCGGAGGCCUCGGCCAGCGACGCCAGCCUCAAACGUCGCGAGCAAACCUCUCCAGGCAUCGAUGCUGGCUUUGGGCCUUCCAUCAGUGUCUCUGCCGCGAGUGGAGGUGGGUCCGCUGGCGAGAGCCGGGCCGAGGUGGCGUCCUCCGGACGGGUGGCAGCCGCCCAGGCUGCGCGCCGGCGCAAGGCCCGCGUCUACACCCAUGGGCGAGUGGACAAAGUCAAGGAAACCCCUCAGCUUGUCUCGCGGGAGUCGCUCCAUGCGGCGUACGCCGAAAUCGACCGACUCCGGCAGCUGCUCGUGGUGACCCAGCAAGAGUCGAUUGCCAAGUCCAAACUCGUCCACUCACUCACACGCAGCCUCGCGGUGUCGGGUGAUGAGGUCCGCCAGCUCAAGGCCGAAAAUCGCCAUGCUGCCAAGGUGGCGAAGGCCCAAGCCGAGAACUGUGCCUCGGGCGCAUGUCAGGUCUCCUCGCUAGCGGCCACCAAGUACGCCAUCCGUGCCAUGACCUCGACGGCGAGCCGGCGGCUCCACGCGGGUUCUGCACCGACCAAGUGA